ACCUUAGGGCCGGAUCGGGCCGAAAAAAAACGGACCGUGCUGAUCCCUAUAAGACGAUAGGAGAAUAAAAUUAUUAUCAAUUUAUACUGUUUGUCGUCAAUUCUCUUUUCGUAUCCUUCUUCUUAUUCUUCUCAUCUUUUUACCAAUAUCGGCGUAGCAGGAAGCCGUGAUAUUUAUACUUUGGACCUGCUGCCCAAACACUAUAUCUUUGAAAAGUACAACACACGAUACCUAACCACCCAUCCCAUACAGCAAUUUAAUAUUAUUCAAUAUUAUUAUAACAUUAAAAUAACGAAUUAAUAUUAGUAUAACGUUAUUAUAAUACUAUUAUAAUAUUAUCAUUACAAAAUGCUGGUUGCAACCAUUUUGUAGAUGACUGGAUUAACCACCACUAGAAAACGUACACCUCAAAACACAAUCAUCGUUCCACAGGAGACCGGAAUACAGUGUGCGUCGUAUACAUUACCAUAUUAUAAGGAAAAAGAAGUAUGCUCAAUGAUAAGACUGCGCAUAUUUUUUUAAGGGGCAAUGUAUAAUUUAUAUAGGCAACCAACAAUGAACACAAGGCGACGUCACGAGUAUACAUAUUUUAUUAUUUUAAUCUUAUGCAAUGCAGUAUGCACAAAGACACAAGGCGGUGCGCAUGCGCGAACUAGGACGAAAACCCGGUUCGAGUUGAUCAUACUUCUUAUAUUUUAUUAUACUAUAUACAUUACAAGACUGAGUGAUCGACGCUACCAACGUCCAUUGAUCGAGUUCAUUUCUCCAAGUUCCAAGUGCAUACAAUCCAGAUAGGUAACUGUCUACUGAUAAGGCUGACUUCAAUAAUCAACCUGUUAAAUUGGUCUUGGUGGUUGCACUUUUAUAUAAACUAUUUUAACCGUUUUAAAAAUGCAUAAAUGUAUAUUGUGUGAUAAUAAGUCGGAUAAAAAAAAAGUCAAUCGUCCAGUAGUUCGUUUUCAUCGAUUUCCCAAGAAUGAAUUUCAGAAAAGAAAAUGGCUCGAAGCUAUAGGAAUUGAUCGUUGUAAUGAAUGGCAACGUGUAUGUAGUGAUCAUUUUUUAGAAGAAAAUUAUAGGCGAGAUAGUCGAUUUUUAUUGCCUAAUGCUAUUCCCCAACCUUAUGAUCGAAAUGGUUUUCCUUCAAAUUAUGCUACUCAAAGUAAUGAUGUUGAAACUGGAUAUAAUGUCAUUUUACCAAUAGAAACAAAUAUUAUAAGAGAGGAACAUAUUGAAAAUGCUGCUGUAUAUAAUUUUAAUUCACUAGUACGGACUGCUAGACUUACUAGAAACAAUGAGGAAUAGUCGAUUGGUGAAAAGAAAAAAACUCUUUCAGAACUGAGAAGAACAAUGGCUUUAUAACUUUUUUAUGUGAAUUCUGCUUAUAACAGAAUUUUAAAUUAAAUUGUUGUAUUUUAUGUAUUAUA